AUGAUAGACUGGGCAUACUGCUUUGUUUUCAUCUGCGGCGUUACAGCAUUUUCGGCAUUCGAAGAUGCCGACUUGGUCUCAUAUGUGACUGUGAGUAUGUUGACAAGGCGCACAAAGUAUGAAAAUAACAUCUUCGCCAGCAACCCCAACUCCGAGCCCUCAAAUGGAACAUUUCAUACUAUGACCGCCCUGCUGUCGAUCCAGGAUAUUGGUUUGUUGCGCCUUACUUUACCAAUGGAGGUGAACCUAAAAGCAAUCGCUGGCAACCCUGCCAAAUUGGACCGUAUAUCUUUGAUCAAGAUGGAGUACGUAUCUUCGUUUACACAACGUACUAGUAUUUAUCUAGGCAUGAUACUAAUACCGUUGAAGGAACUAGUCUGGGCAGGUUGUGACUUCGAUAACAACAAUGUGUGGGACUUUCGUGUGGUAGAUACCAUGGGAAAUACUCCACAUCUGAGUCUGAUUCUACAACAAGAAUAUGGCGUCGAUGAUGCCAAAAGCUCCGCUGUUAUCUACGAUAAUUCCUAUAUGAUCACAAACGAGAUCCCUGGCCCUCUCGAUGACCUGGACACACACGAACUCUAUGUGCAGACCCCCCGAAAAGCCCUUGCGUUGGUGCACAAACGUGAGCAGAGAAGCCUGCGCGACUUGGGAGAUGCAAAUGGGACAGUGGAGGUUCAAACAGGUGGAUUCAUGGAAUUCAAUAUUGAAACAGGCGACAUAUUGUAUUCUUGGUAUGGAACUGAGGAAGUGACUCUGGACGAGUCCUAUCUCAUGGGGCCUGACGUGGAACAUCCGGACACCGACUACAUGCAUCUCAAUUCCAUCGACAAGAAUGGCGAUGACUAUUUAAUAUCGGCCCGACAUACCAACACCGUUUAUUUAAUUUCCGGUAAGACCGGGCGCAUAAUUUGGCGCCUAGGUGGGAAGAAGAAUGAUUUUGAGAUGGACUUUAAAUUCUCGCGGCAGCAUCAUGCCAAGUUCAUCUCUUCAAACAAUACCCACACCGUGAUAUCCCUACUUGACAAUGGAGCCGACCUUGUCACGGAUGAUGAGAAGACUUCAUCUGCCGUGUAUAUCGAGCUGGAUCUCGUUGGCAUGAAAGCGAAAUUGUUGAAUCGCUACGUGCGCCCCGAUGGAGGUCUAAGUCGGCGCCGAGGAAACAUGCAAACUCUUCCGAACAACAAUGUUCUAGUCUGCUGGAGUGCUGGAGGCUACAUGAGCGAAUUUUCACAUGAUGGAAAGCUCCUCAUGGAUGCUAAAUUUGCAUCUGACAGAUUUUCUACAUACCGAGCGUAUAAAUUUGACUGGUGGAGCCAACCUGCAAAACCACCAACGCUCACUGCGGCUUGGUAUGGCGUCAAGGGAUCUGAGUACUCAACCGUGUUCCAUGUCAGCUGGAAUGGAGCUACGGACGUCAAAUACUGGCGUUUCUUCGCACAGGCAGGCAACACCACGCGAAAACAAGAAAUUCAGACUGUCCCUAAAACUCGCUUUGAGACAACAUUUAUCUCGCGAGGUUAUCUGGACUGGGUCUCGGUGGAGGCGCUGGACUCAAAAAAGCGUGUUCUCGAUUCGUCUCCUGUUGUCCGAAGCUCGCCUCCAGAAUAUUGGCAGGGAGAUGAGUUUCCAGCUCCAGAUGAUCCUAAAGGAGGUGGGUUGGGAAAUUUAACAGUGGCCGGUGUUUCUGUCGCAUUUUUCAUGGCUGGAAUUUUGACCAGCGGAGGCUGCUGCGCCCUGUUCCUACUCUUUCCAGUCAUUCGACAAUAUUAUCGACAACGAUAUUCGAAAGUGCGACAAGACAGCUCCUCGGAUUUUUCGGACCCGGAAGACGAAGAGCUGUUAAAGCCUGGGGAAGCUUAG